AUGUCGCGAGAUUACAAUGGAAAUGCCCAAGCUUACAAUGGUAACGGGAGCACCCAGGCCCAAGCCCAACCACAACCCCCCGCCGGAUUCACCUACGAGCAAUAUCAAGGAGCGCUGAAUGCGCAUCCUCAAUCUCUGACAGCUUCACCCGCAGCAACUCCUCAGAUGCGAGACGGCAACGGCGACGUAGCGAUGCAGGACGCUGGAGACCCGUAUAGUGGCAUGAAAUAUCCCAUGCGGCCUCAUCACCAGCAGCAUCUGUCUGGUAGUCGAGCGCCUAGCCACCAUUCUACUCAUGAGCCAUCUGCUGCCGCUCAACGUUAUUCUCCCAUGGAGACUUUAUCACCAAGUUCUCCAUAUGCGCCGCAACAAGGUCAAUAUGCCGCGCAAGGAAACCGACAAUCUCCUACCCGACCUGGUACCUUUUCAUCGCCCACAUCGUACUACACAAGCAGACAGCAGGCACAACAAUUACCUCCAAUCACCCCUUACAACUCCUCUAACAACGAGAGCUACCCUUCAUCGGCGACUGCGCAACUCAAUGCAGUCUUUGGGAACGACCCCAAAUCGCCUCGUCGACCGAUCUCGCAAUCUGUUGGUCCUCCAGGUCGAGGACCCGUUCCCGAGUUCACAAAGAUCCGCGCCAUGACUGAUUUGCAGCCAAAAGUCAAUGCCCAGCCAGCUUUCAGAAGAGCGAAUCCUGAGGGAGGCUUUAUCAGCCCCCUACAAGCGCUAACGAGCCAUCUCCCGUCUACUUAUCGAAUCUGCAAUCCUAGUUUCAAAUACGAAUCUUCUCGGAAUCCCCGCCGAGUCCUUACCAAGCCUAGCAAAGGAACCAAAAACGAUGGUUUUGAUAACGAGGACAGCGAUUACAUAUUAUAUGUGAACGAUAUCCUGGGAUCGGAAGAGACAGGUCAUAAGAAUCGUUAUCUUAUUUUAGACGUCCUCGGCCAAGGUACCUUUGGACAAGUUGUCAAAUGCCAGAAUUUGAAAACACAGGAAGUUGUGGCCGUCAAAGUGGUGAAGAAUAGAACAGCAUACUUCAAUCAGAGCAUGAUGGAAGUUUCUGUACUGGAUUUGUUGAACACAAAACUUGAUAAGAAUGACGAUCAUCAUCUUCUCCGGUUGAAGGACACUUUUAUUCAUCGCCAGCAUCUUUGUUUGGUAUUUGAACUACUGAGUGUCAAUUUGUACGAACUUAUCAAGCAGAACCAGUUUAGAGGGUUAAGUACCACCCUGGUGAGAGUGUUUGCGCAGCAACUAUUGAACGGGCUCUCUUUGUUGAAUAAGGCCCGGCUCAUUCACUGCGAUCUGAAACCAGAAAACAUCCUUCUAAAGAAUUUGGAAAGCCCAAUCAUCAAGAUCAUCGAUUUCGGGUCGGCAUGCGACGAACGUCAGACAGUGUAUACGUAUAUCCAGUCCAGAUUCUACAGAUCGCCAGAGGUUUUGUUAGGACUACCAUACUCUUCUGCCAUCGAUAUGUGGUCCUUGGGAUGUAUCGUUGUUGAGCUCUUCUUGGGUCUUCCCCUUUUCCCUGGCUCCUCAGAAUACAAUCAAGUAUCUAGGAUAGUGGAGAUGCUUGGCAACCCACCCAACUGGAUGCUUGAAAUGGGAAAACAAUCUGGGGAGUUCUUCGAGAAAAGGCACGAUGUCGAUGAUUAUGGAAGACGAACAUACCACCUCAAAAGCAUGGAGCAAUACUCUCGUGAGCACGGGACAAAGGAACAGCCAAGCAAGAAAUACUUCCAAGCUACCACACUGCCAGAAAUUAUUCGCUCUUAUGCGAUGCCACGGAAGAACAUGAAGCAAAGUGAAAUCGACAGAGAAAUGAAUAACAGAGUAGCAUUCAUUGAUUUUGUUCGAGGUCUACUCAACAUCAAUCCGCUUGAACGGUGGUCUCCACAACAGGCGAAACUCCAUCCCUUCAUCACACAACAGAAGUACACUGGACCCUUUGUGCCGCCCAUGAACUUGAAGUCUAGUUCCGUGAAUAGGUCACCGGCUCCAGGAACACAGCAACAGCAGCAGGCUGAGGCCCUUAGUAAACAACGGGCGCAGGCGGCAGCUCAAACAAUCUCAGCGCAAGCUCAUUCAGCGGCUGCAGCCCAGACACAAUAUCCCACUGGCGCUCCCAUGGGACAGUAUCCUCAAACAGCUCCUCCACAGCAACAACAAGGACCACCAAUAUAUAACAACAUGUACUCACCAAAUCCAAACCACCAAGGUGCCCCUCCACCAUAUCCAUCUCAACAAGGUGGGCCAUACAAUCAGAUGAAUAUGAUGCCACAACCACCUGCGCCAAUGUCAGGUCAGUAUGUGACUGGACCACCGCAGCAGCAAAGUUUGUACCAGCAAGCCAACAUCCGAGCAGCUGGACGUCAACGAGCUACUACGAUGGAGGUUCAACAAGGCGGGAUACCUGUUACUAUUCAAAGAGUAGCUAGUCACCUUGAUCCGAAUGCUCCAAUCCGCCUGCAACCAAGUCCUGCUUACUAUCCACCACCGCCAGAUGGAGCUCCUGAUGGGAAUCCUGGAAGCGCACGCAGGAGAGGCAGUAGAGCUGCCGCCCAAGGUGGGCAGCAGCAGCAAGGUGCUAGAAGCAACCGUGAUUUCAUCCGGAACUUGGAGGACCGAACGCUGGAGGAAGGAUUCAUGGGACAAGCUCAAUGGCAUUGA